AUGAAGGUGGUCAUUAUUGGUGCCGGAAUCGGUGGUCUGGUUUGCGCCAUAUCCUGUCGUCGGGAAGGCCUCGAAGUUGUAGUUCUCGAACAAGCUGCUGCUUUACAGCCUGUCGGCGCAGGGAUACAGAUACCACCUAACGCUGCCCGGAUCCUUCGCAAGCUCGGCCUCGUACCCCAACUGCUAGACAAGGCUACUUUGGUCGAUACAAUUGACUACCUUCGAUACAAAGAUGGCAAGGUCUUGUAUCAGAUGGAAGGCGGCGAGAAGAUGAAGCAAUCCUAUGGCGAUCUUUGGAUGGUUAUUGCUCGACCACACUACCACGGUGUAUUAUGGAGCGCGGCCAAGGAGGCUGGCGCAGAGUUACGACUUGGCACGGAGGCAGUGGCGAUCGAUUUCGAAGACUCAAGUGUGCGCCUUGGGACUGGCGAAAUCGUAAGGGGUGAUGUUGUCGUUGGUGCCGAUGGUCAGUCUGCCCACAUUUCAAGUUGCUAUUUCUUGACGUUGAUCCGAGACUGGCAAAACAUGUCCUUACUAAUACCGCGGAGGUCUCUGGUCAAGAUCGAGGGAUCAGAUUCUUGGCCGACCCUCUCCACCGUCUGA